CACUGGUCAAGACAACAUCACUAGUGGGACCUCUGCCGCUAACACCAUCAGUGGUUAUAAAGUCAGCUGCUCAAGAACAUCACUUUUCGUUACUGCGCGCUAACUGUGAAUUUUCGAGGCAAAAUAACGAAUCAACUCUAGACGAUUUAAGUGCAAUAUAUGUUAACAACUGCUGCUUCAAGAUGGAGUCUGACAAUAGUAAUCUAGCAUCUCUGCUCUCUCCACAAACCCUCAACGCUGACACCACCCACGCUGGCCUCCAUACACACACCUAUUACUACCUACUCGGAACUUACCUAAACCCGAGCACAAUACUGCUUUUUCUGGCUGGCAACAUUUUAUGCUUGUUGAUCGUCUACCACUUUAUUACCAUCUACCGGGGAGCCAUAAGUCACCAGCAGGAUGACUCCUGUGACCUGCAGGAGGAGACUAAGCCCAGGAAGGUAAUGGCUGAACCUGGAGGCUGGUUGAGACCAGUGAGCACGAUAGAAAUGUUUGCAGCAUCACUACUGAUUCUAGGCACUGGUAACACUGCUCAGGUGUUGUGGCUCUCCUCGUCUCAGCCCAUCACACCUGAGGACGUUAAACAAGCUCUCUCCGUAAUAGCUGAGAAGAUACAUGUUCUGCAGGUCUGCGUUGCUUGGCGCUGGUUUCGACCAUGGUUACGACGGAUGAAGAACGUUGUUGUAGACUUCAGCGUUGACACGGGCGACGCCAUGUCGGUGUACUACCAGCAGAUGCGAACUCCCUACAACAUUUCUCAGGGACCACUGUGGAGGGCGAGGUUGGUUCCCCAGCCACAGGCAGCUGGUGACCGUCACCAGGCCGUCCUGGUGCUCACCUUACACCACAUCAUCAUUGACGGUCUUACCAAUAUGAUCAUCUCCCGUGAUUUUAUGGAGGUGCUGAACGCCAUCAUGACAGGACGGAGCCACAACACACCCACACGCCAUAUCAUCCCAGCCAUUGCUGAUGAACUCUUUGGCAUGAGAGACUGUAUUUAUUGUCUUAGAUAUCUCUCGACUGUAAUAUACAAAAUAACAACUGGCAUGUUCAGUAAUACACUUAGUUUUCCUAAGUCAAAAGCAAAAGUUGCACUUACAAAUGUGUUGCGUAAAGACUUCUCAGCAGAGACGACACAAGAGCUUUUGCGUCAUUGCAAAGAAGCAAAAGUCAGUGUUCACUCUAGUAUCGUUGCCGCGGCUUAUCUAGCGUUUCUACGUACCGCUCAGAAAUAUUCAAAACAAACCCUAGACUCACUGAAAAUCACUUAUGGUAACGCUGUAAACAUGCGUCGCUACUACCCAAGUGUUUACAAAGAGUCUGUUGGCUUUCACGCAUCCAUAACCAAACAUGAUUACGUCGUCUGCAGCAGUGACGCAGAAAGUAAAGUUAAUUUUUGGGAGCUAGCAAGACGCAUGCAUGACGACCUUCAACACAAUCUUUGUGUCAGUAAGACACCUAUUCGCAUCUCUCCGCUCUCUGUAGUACUCCUUCCUGUUCAUCAAGUUAAUUGCUUGUUAACUCGAUUGGGAUGCAGAAACUUGAUGGCUGCAGAAAUGGCAUGCACUAACAUGGGCAAUUUGAAGCAAAUAUUGCCUGGUAAAUAUGGGGAUGGGCCCGUGGAGAUCACUAGUUUUCUUCGGUCCACGGCAAUGGAGGUAUGUGGGUCUCCUUUCUAUAUUGUCUUCCAAACCUUUGAAGGAAAGCUGUUGUUGUCUCUGGACCAUUACAUAAAUAAUAUGACUGACGAGGUCGCCAAUAUGUUUUUUUCAUACCUAACUCAUUAUAUUGCUGACAUAGCUCACGAUGGUACCAUCAAGAAUUACUGAGUUGCAAAUGCUUUAAGAAGGAUACAAAUAAUAAUUACAUAUAUUUUGAUUGCCGUGUGAUCGAGCAAGGAAUUCCUUACUUUGGUUACCCCUGCCUUCUCUACCUUCAGAUUCAUGACAUUUUGGAACUAGAUUUGUAUAGAUGGUCUCCCUGCCUUCCCUUCCGCGCUCAUCCAUACGCACCUAUGGCUCUAAAUUGCCAGACGGGGGUGAGACACCUACCUGUUUUUCCUUAGGAAUGACAGCUAAUGACAGUUGCUAAACAACUAGUAUUUUCUCAUCAGUUAUAAGCACUUCUCACCUCCAACAUCAACGUAGACAAAAUGGCCACCUCCCAGUUGGAUGUAGUGAUGUACUCAAGAUUCUUUAUGUUUGAUAUGUGUACGCGAAUGUAGAAGUGCAGGUAGUGCAAGAACGAGUUGUAGAGGUAAAGGAAGGAGCUGUAAAACUGAGGAGUUGCAGAUUUAUAGGAGCGAGAUGUAAGGUACGGAGUGAGAUGUAAGGUACUGGAGUGAGAUGUAAGGUACUGGAGUGAGAUGUAAGGUACUGGAGUGAGAUGUAAGGUACGGGAGUGAGAUGUAAGGUACUGGAGUGAGAUGUAAGGUACUGGAGUGAGAUGUAAGG